AUGCAGCCGACUAUCCUCUCCCAGAAUGAAGCAGGCACUGUUUACUUGGUUGAUCUACCAACAUCAAUUCAAAAUGGUCAAGACGCCCUCCACGCUUUAAAAUCCUCGGAACCUCUUGAGUCUCCGUAUCCCAGCACCGAACCGAAAGGCGCAAAUCGAGUCGCUGCACUCGCUGCAAUCUCAUUGAAUGAACGCUCGUACCAUGAAUCCGUGCAGGAGAGGAUCUCUCUAGCACUAGCAGAGAUCCGGACUUGUUUGCAUGCAACUGGUCAAUGCGGCAUUUGGUGCUACCCUCGUCGUGCCUUGAUCACCCAUGCUGCUCCAGAGCUGAGCAAGAGUAAUUCUCCGUCGGCAACACCUGUUAUACUGUCAACCACCGAGCUUCGCACUCAGUUCUCCUCGUUUCGUGAUCUCUCAGGUAGUGUGGUCUGCAAUCUCCGAUCCGCCGCUGCCAUUGUUGCAGUGACGAGUCAUGGAGAUUUUGUUAUUCCACCAAGAUCUACAUUUAUUCUGGCAAGUCUCGAACACGGGUUGCCUGCUUUGUUGCUCGCCCGAGAAUAUUUCCUCCGCCACUGUCCUGAUUUUGACCUCAUUCUGAUGGAUCCACCCUGGUCCAACCGCUCUGUCCGGCAUUCCGGUGCUUACAGAACGCAAGAGGAUCAAGUUCAAGAUCCGUUCGAUCAAGCUCUGCGGAUUGUAAAGAGACUGUGUGCUCCACAGGGUUGGGUCACCGUCUGGAUCACCAAUAAGUCCUCCAUCCGGGCCAUGGUUCUGGAGACUUUGCAAGCUAUGGACCUCCGGUUACAGGAGGAAUGGUUCUGGAUCAAAACAACAAUUCAUGGUGAACCUGUUACCCAACUUGACGGAGUGUGGCGGCGACCAUAUGAGAUUCUCCUCCUAUUUCAGAGAGGCGCAUCGUCUGAGAAGACGAAAAGAAGGAUCAUCGCAGCCGUGCCAGACGUGCAUUCACGGAAACCGUGUCUCAAGAUGUUGUUGCAAGAGCUGUUGCCCCCGGAGUAUCGUGCACUAGAGCUGUUUGCAAGGAGUCUUACCGCUGGGUGGUGGUCGUGGGGUGAUGAAGUAUUGAAGUUUCAGCACGAAAGCCAGUGGGCUUACUCGUUCAGUGAGCUUAGUGGGGAGAGCCCUCUUUGA